AUGUCGUCCAUCGUCGGCAAGAUCUUCUCGCUCCAAUUUGCCCAGCAGAACGUGCCGCAGCUCGUCGGCCGCAAGUACAUCGUCACUGGCGGCACCAACGGCAUCGGCUUGAGCGUGUCGCGCACCCUGUACUCGCACGGCGCCGACGUCACCAUCCUCGGAUCGCAGCAGGCGACCGCCGACGCUGCAGUCGCCUACAUCAAGACGGGCGAGCUCGCCCGUGCGCCGCAGGACUACCAGGACAGCUUCAGCGGGAUCCUCGGCACCUGGACCGACAACUCGGCUGACGGCGCCAAGGAGAGCGGCGAGGUGCGAGCGCGCGUCGUCGACUUCAAGGACCUCAAGGCCGUCGCCAAGGUCGCAAAGGACCUCGCUGGGUCGCUCGACCGCCUCGAUGGGUUCCUCGGCAUCGCCGGGCUCGGCGUCAACAAGUUCACCCUGACCGACGACGGGUUCGACUCGCACCUCACGAUCAACGUCCUGUCGCACCAGCUCCUCCUGUCGCACCUCCUCCCCGUCCUCGAAAAGACGUCCAAGGAGCACCCGGACGCCGACGUGCGCGUCGUCCUCGAGGCGAGCGAGCUGCACCGCACCACGUUCGGCGGGCCGUCCGAGUCGUUCGGCGGCGACAAGUUUCGCACUGUCGACGAGUUCAAGAAGGACGUCGGGCAGCAGAACCUGUAUGCGCGGACGAAGCUCGGCCAGAUUCUCCUCACCAAGGCGCUCGUCCAGCGCUACCUCUCGCCGCCGUCCAAGAUCCUCGGCUACUCUGUCCACCCUGGCGCCGUCGCGACUGAUGAGUCCCUUCUCCCGCCUCUCGCCCUCGCCCUCGCCGGUCUUCUUCCCGCGCUCGAGCCUGACCUCCUGUCGUUCUCGCAGCUACGCCAGACCCGCCAGUACAAGGAGGCGUAUGGCAACGCCGUCGGCGGCCUCGUCGAGGCGGCUGUGCGGCCCAUCAUGCGCGCGGCGGACGAGGGUGCACUUUCGGCGCUCUGGGCGGCGACCGCUCCCGAUGCGCGCGACCCCAAGUACGAGAACGGCACCUACUUCAGCGACCCGGCGCAGAAGGGCGGCGAGACGAGCGAGGCGAGCGACCAGGAGCUCAUCGACAACCUGUGGUCGACCGGCCUCGAGGUCAUCAAGCAGGUCGUCGGCGAGGACAACGUCGGCGGGUUCAAGGCCUGAGCGCCACGCGCUCGCCUCGCCUCGAGCAGCUCGCCGGUACGGGCAGCAGCUCUCGUGGCCAAUUGUAUGUAGCUCGACGAGCAUGAACAGAAGUUGCAGUGGCAGUGCUUUCCCCUC